GGCUUCCAGAUCCUCUGUGACCUGCAUGACGGUUUCUCUGGGGUAGGCGCUAAAGCAGCAGAGUUGCUACAAGAUGAAUAUUCAGGGCGCGGAAUCAUAACCUGGGGCCUGCUGCCUGGGCCCUACAGUCUUGGGGAACCCCAGAGAAACAUCUACCGUCUGCUAAACACAGCUUUUGGUCUGGUGCACCUGGCUGCGUACAGCUCUCUCGUCUGUCCCUUAUCUUUGGGGGGGAGCCUAGGCCUGCGACCCCAGCCACCUGUCAACUUUCCUUAUCUGCACUACGAUGCCACUCUGCCCUUCCACUGCAGUGCCAUUUUGGCUACAGCCCUGGACACAGUCACUGUUCCUUACCGCCUGCAUUCCUCUCCAGUUUCCAUGGCUCAUCUGGCUGCUAUGCUGAGCUUCUCUGGGAAAAAGGUGGUGACAGCAGGAGCAACCAUCCCCUUCCCCUUGGCUCCGGGCCAGUCCCUUCCUGAUACACUGGUGCAGCUUAGAGGAGCCACCCCAUGGACCCCGCUGUCUGCAUGUGGGGACCCUUCUGGAACACGAUGCUUUGCCCAGUCAGUGGUGCUGAGGGGUAUAGACAGAGCUUGCCACACAAGUCAGCUCACCCCAGGGAUACCUCUGCCUUCCCUCCUCCAUGCAUGCACCACUGGGAAGGAAGUGUUGGCCCAGUAUUUACAACAGCAGCAGCCUCAAGUUGUCAGUUCCUCUCAUCUGCUGCUGACUCCCUGCAGGGUGGAUCCUCCUUACCCCCACCUCUUCUCCUCCAGCCUCAGUCAGCAGGCAGCCGUGGAGAGCAUCCCAGUGUUUGGGGCUCUGUGCUCCUCUUCAUCCUUGCACCGGACCCUGGGAGCCUUGGCUAAAGACAUCACCAAACUGGACAUGCGGCGCUGGGCCAGCUUCAUGGAUGCUGGCGUGGAACAGGAUGACGUGGUGGAGCUGCUGCAGGAGCUAGGAAGCCUGGCCCAGUGCUACCAGGAGGGUGACAGCCUCACAGACUAAAGUUCCAAGGGGGUAAGGGGAAAGGGGAAAGGAGAGCUAGUUUGCAAUAAAACCUGCUGGCUGCAGGAGCCCGUGUCUCUUCAGGCACAGAA